AUGCACGCUCUAAUCAUUGGCGGCAGUGGCCGCACUGGCAAGCUCGUUAUCGAGCAAUUAUUGCAACGAGGACACGGUGUUACAGCUCUCGUCCGGGACCCAGCUGUGAUGAAAGGGCUAGACGGCAUCAACAUCGUCAAAGGAUCCCCAACUCAAAUCUCUGAGGUCCGACAAGCAUUCCAAGACCAUAUCCCCGACGUGGUCAUCGUCACCCUGAAUGCUCCCCGAGCCUCGGACAGCCCAUUCGCAGCACCGAUAUCACCACCAAGACUAAUGGCCGACAGCAAUGCCAACGUGGUGACAGCCAUGAAAGAAUUCGGUGUUCAAAAGGUAGUCAUCAUGCAAGCCUUUGGUGUGGGAGCAUCAUGGCCGAACAUGUCCUGCUUGCUGCGCGGGUUGAUGAGCGCGUCCAACAUGAGUUAUCAGUAUGAGGACCAUAACGUGGUCGACAAGGAGGUUCGGGCUAGUGGUGUGACUUAUGUGAUGGUUCGCCCUUCUCGAUUGGUGGAGAGCGAUGUUACAGCGGUUCGCGAGUGGCCGAAUAAUGGGAAGGGGGUGCCGCUGAUGGCUAGUACGAGUCGCAAGAGCGUCGCUUGUUUUCUGGUGGAUGCUGUGGAGGAGUCGCGGUGGGAUAAUACUGCGCCGGUUAUCACAAACUGA